AUGGCUUCCUCAUCGACUCCUGCGACGCCCCUGCUCUACUCGUGCAUCGCCCACAACACCACCAUCCUCUCCGAGUGCACCACCUCCGCCGCCUCCCAGACCUCGUCCCUCGCGUCACUCAUCCUGCCCAAAAUCAACCAUGACACGCCACAGAAGCUGACGUACACGCACGGCAACCACCACAUCCACUACAUCGCCGAGUCCCCGUCAGAGCAUGGCUCGUCGCCGGCGGCGGGCGGCCUGACCUUCCUAGUGGUGGCCGAGUCGUCGCUGGGGCGGCGCAUCCCCUUCGGCUAUCUGUUCGAGAUCCGCAAGCGCUUCCUGGCGGAGUUCCCGGCCGAGACGACCGCCUUCGACGACCUGCCCAACUACGGCGCCGGGUCCUUCAACGCCGAGCUCAAGGGCCUGAUGGUCGAGUACGGCGCCACCAGCGGCGGCCGUGACGACGCCAUCACCACCGCCCAGCGCGAGAUCGACGAUGUCCGCGGCAUCAUGACCCGCAACAUCGAGGGCCUGCUCGAGCGCGGCGAGAGGAUCGACCUGCUCGUCGACAAGACGGACCGCCUUGGCGGGUCUGCCAGGGAGUUCCGCGUGCGCAGCAGGGGCUUGAAGAGGGAGAUGUGGUGGAAGAAUGUCAAGCUGAUGGCACUGCUAAUUCUCGUACUGGUGCUGAUUGUGGUGGCGAUUAUCAUUGCUGUCAAGGUCUGA